AUGUAUGACCACUACCGCUCCACGUUAUCGCCCAGCAUGGACAUUGGCGUCGGCAUCUACCUGUUGUUUAUCACCAUGUUCUCCGUCACGGGCAACCUGCUGGUUCUGGUGAUGGGCUUCAAUCGUUCUUCUCGCAUGAAGCCUCCCGAGCUGCUGAGCAUCAACCUGGCGGUGACAGACCUCGGGGCUGCAGUCACCAUGUACCCUCUGGCCGUGGCUUCGGCCUGGAGUCACCGCUUCCUUGGGGGUGAUGCCGCUUGUCUCUACUACGGUCUGGUUGGCUUCUUCUUCGGAGUGGCCAGCAUUAUGAACCUCACGCUCCUGGCCGUGGUGCGCUUUGUGGUCUCGCUGGACCUGCAGUCACCCAGGGACAAGGUGAGCUGGCGUCAGAUGAAGCUUCUGUGUUCAUGGUCUUGGCUGUACGCCCUGUUCUGGGCUCUACUGCCCGUCCUGGGCUGGGGCCGAUACGGUCCCGAACCAUUCGGCCUGUCCUGCUCGCUGGCCUGGGGUCGACUGAGGCAUGAGGACUCCUCCUUCGUAGUGGCCAUGUUCUCCUUCAACUUGGCUCUGCCGGCCGCCAUCAUUGUGUGCUGCUACUUCGGCAUCGCCAUCAAACUCUACGUCACCUACAAGAAGUCGCUCAGACACGGGCGACGUGUAGCCAAUGUACUCAAAAUGCAUCGCAGGCUGCUCAUGAUGGCAGUGGUGAUCAGCGUGAGCUUCAUCGUGUGCUGGUCUCCGUACAGCAUAGUGAGCUUGUGGUCGGCCGUGGGGCCCGGUGGCCCCAUCCUGCCUCAACUCAGCCUGCUGCCUUGCAUGUUUGCCAAGAGCUCCACAGCCUGCAACCCCAUCAUCUAUUACAUUUUCAGCCAGAGCUUCAAGCGUGAGGUCAAGCGAAUGGUGCGCUGCCAGCCUGGAUGUUGUGCUGGCGAGGAUGGCAAGGGUGCCAGAGGAGGAGGAAGAGGAAGAGGAGGAGAGUCCUCACAGGCCUCCAGGGGAGAGGCAGCUACCACACUCGUUUGA